AUGGCCGACAUUCGAUUAGACAAGGCGCGUCAGAUAAAAUACUGGCAGCGUUGCCACGGGUCAUACCUCCCGUCACCUUAUACGUCCGCCGACUCGACCCGUCUCAUGUGGGCAUGCUUCAUCCACUCUGCCUUUGAUGUGCUCGACGUGGCUGUUCCCGCGGGAUGGGGGGCACCAACUAAAGACGGCGUCAAGGGCAACUAUAACGGCACUGUGAGGUCCUGGGUCCUCAGUCUGCAGCAUCCGGACGGUGGGUUCUGCGGGAGUCCGAAUCACGCCUUCACGGGCCAGCAAGCAGGGAAGGGCCAGGCCAACCUGGCGGCUACCUUCUUUGCGCUCAUCUUGCUUGCCGUUGUCGGUGGCGGGGACGGGUCGGCUGCCUUUGCGGGCGUGCGACGUCGCAAGCUUCUGCGGUGGCUGAGGAGGCUGCAGCGGGGGGAUGGGAGUUUCGGACAGAACCUGUGGGAGGGCGAGGCCGUGGGCGGCAGGGAUACGCGGCAUAGCUACCUCGCCAGUGGGAUUCGGUGGAUGAUCAGGGGGGACGUAAAGCCUGGUGAUGAGGCCUGGGAGGAGGAUAUCGAUGUCCAGGGCAUGGUGGCGCACAUUCGACGGUUGCAAGGGUAUGAUGGCGGUCUGGCAGAGUUGUCGGAGCAUGAAUCACAUGCUGGAUAUGUGUACUGUGCUAUUGCGGCCCUUUCGCUCCUCGAUCGGUCAGACUCAGACUCAGACUCGGUAAUGGCCCAGGGCAUCAGCGAGCGAGACAGCCUGCUCAAGUUCCUCGCAUCAAGACAGAUGGCAUAUCUUGUCGAGGAGGAGGAUGAGGAUGACGAAGAGGGCGGCGAGAACUUUGUCCAGGCCGGCCUGGAGUCCAUGACGCUCGACGACACGUCUCGCUACGUGGGCUUCAAUGGCCGGUGGAACAAGAAGGCUGACUCGUGCUAUGCAUGGUGGACGAUAGGUACACUGGGGAUGCUAGGUGAUCCCUUCCCCGUCAGCGCGACAGCUUCGAGACGCCAUCUUAUCGAGGUGAUGCAGCACCAGAUUGGCGGCUUCUCCAAGACAGCCGGCGCACCUCCCGACCUGUACCACUCGUAUCUCGGUCUAGCGGCGCUGGCUACCAUGGGUGACGAGGAUCUCAAGGCGUUUGAAGUGAGUCUGUGCUGCAGCAAGGAAACCGUCGGCAAGAUUGAGAAGGCUAGAGAUGGGUUGCUGGCAUCAUCCGUGAAUAACUGGGCAGAUGAUGGAUUCUGGGACGCGUCACAGCAGGGACCCAAUGGCGAAGGCGGCCCUUGGGAUGAUGGAACUCGACGCAGAUUCGAAACAGAGAGAAGGGAGGAGCUGACGGCGCGCAGAAAAUCCAAGAGCGAAUUCUACGACCCGUGUCAGGAGGCUGCACAGAGGAGCUACAAGUGUCUCUUCCGGAAUGACGGCGACAAGGCCAUGUGUACCGAGUAUUUCCAGUACGGCGUACCGCGACUGCAAAAAGGCUUG